AAAAAAUAUUUCUUGCAUUUGUCUAUUAAGCUGCUACACUUCUGUUUGAGAGCUGCACAGGAUAAAACUAAUCUCAUGCCGAAUUUCACUAUUUCUCUGGCAAUUUAUUGUUAUUCAGUAGAAAAAUCUAUUAAAUUCUUUUUAAAAAUUCUUUUUAGUGAAUGUGGAGAGAGCUUUUUGGAUAUUAAAUAUUUUGUAAGCUCAUGAUUACAUUUCUGGGCUGAGAUAUCUGAACUGGGACCAGAAAUCGGCUCAGUAAUAGGCUUUACUUUUGUUUAAACGUAUAUAGAGUUAUUAAGGGCCAUUAAACAUUACAUUUUAUCACCAAUAUGUGCUCUGGCUUUCCAGCUUCAUGGUAAGUUAGAAAAUAACAUCAUUAAAUGGCUCUGCUUUUUGUGUUCCUUCUUCCUGCUGCCAGCGUCUUCAAAAAAUGAGCUCUUUCUGCUGGUGGGACAGUGGGAUGUUGUCUUGGCUACUGAGGUGCAGAGUGUUGUGUCUUGAAUGUAUUAAUUUUCCAUUUUUAACAUCCAGUCUGCUCUGGCUGCACCUGUAUCCAGUGGCAAAUGCCAUCCCUAACCAUACUGAAUAUUCACUUUGACUAAAGAGGACUUGCAUGCUCCAAGGUAGGUGGGGGUGUCAGGUCUGCUCUUGGCUUCUUCCAUUAUUAUUGACACCCAGUUCUUUUUCUUUUCCAGCUGCUAUCUCAUAUGCUGCCACCUCUCACCUUUAGCGCCAAGGAGCCAUCUCUGCAGGGCUUGUCCCUAGCUGCUGGGGUACUCCAAAGGUGCAUAAGUAUCAUAAAAAAUCAGGAUGGAUUUAUAGACUUCUUGGAGUUCAUAGCUGCAAUAAAUUUGGUUAUACGAGGGAAAAUUGAACAAAAAUUGAAAUGGUAUUUUAAGCUAUAUGAUGCUGAUGGAAAUGGAUGUAUUGACAAAAAAGAACUAGUAAGCAUAUUCACGGCUAUUCAAGCUAUUAAUGGCCACGCUGACAUGUCUGCUGAAGAGUUCACAAACAUCAUAUUUCAGAAGAUAGACGUGAACAAUGAUGGGGAACUGACUUUAGAAGAGUUUAUCACUGGUGUGGAAAGAGACGAGGACCUAAUGGAUUUAAUUACAAAAAAUUUUGACCUUUCCAACGUACUCAAAGUCAUACAGAACGGCAGGAGACACAGCAUCUGAAGGAUCCAGUGACAGAUGUGGCAUUUCUGUCAUCAUUUCAAGGAAGAUAAUAUGUGAUACAUUCAGAGAACUUGAUGUUAUCAAAGCCUGCACAGGCAAAACUGAGCAGCCUGCUCCAGGAGUAAUAACUUUUGCUCUUGACUUAAUCUCUCUCCUUUUCUUUUCUUUAUUCUUUCCCUCACUAAUGACUGUGACAGCCACACAUAUAAUAGAAAAGCUAUUUGAUGCAGUACAAAUAACUUAUUUGGUCUCUAUGAACACUGUUCAGUGUAAUCAAUAAAAUCAUGAAAAUAUCACAGAAUGCAAUCUUUCUAGAAGACGUGGAGUUAAUAAAUUUCUUCUUUUCAGGACGGGAUUUUAAACUUAC